GGAAAAAGUAACAAAAGACAAAAACUUUCAAUUAUGUGAAGAAUCGUACACCUUUCUUAUCGUCUUCUCCAUCGUUUCUCCCUGAAGAUUUGUUCUACUACUCUUUUUGGGUAUAUCUGUUUACUUGAAUCUCUUACCAUGAAAGUUCUUCAAUUAUUUCCUUACUUAAAUCUAAGUUGCUUUAUGUUGCGUUUGAUUAAUGGGAUCGUACUUUUCUAAAGUUCUAGCCUUUUAUACGAAAAAGCAACUUUUCGUGAUUUUCUUCAAUUGAAUAGCUAAAAUUAGGAAAUUUUCCUUUUCAGUGUUGUUUUUCUUUUUCUAUUUUCUUUCUUUUCUCUUCUUCUUCUUCUUCAAGCGAUGAACCAGAAAAGUUUUGAUUUUGAUUUUGGUGAACCAGGAAAGUGGUACUCGAUCUGUGGUUUGUUGAUUCUGAAUUAGUAUAUUCCUGGAAAAUUCUGUAAGUAGAUUUAUGAUAACUAAUCUGAAUUUCAUUUAGCUCUGAUUGUUGUGAAAAUUGUGAUAGUUUUGCAGAUCAAUAGCUAUUCCUAAGUUGUUGAGUUACACAACAGGUUCAUUGAUGCAGAGUUGUUCUUGUAACACUUGAUAGCUAUUCCCUAAGUUGUUGUGGCUUGUCUCAGGAUCUUCUUGGCUUUUAGGUUAAUUUCUAUGACAUUUAGAUACUAGGGCAUUGUUGGCUGUGAUGGACUCAUUGUGAUCUUUUACUGGCUCAUUGAGUACUGAACCACAGAUCUCUUAACAUCUUCAUGUUUUUGGUUUUCUGCUUGUGUUCUUUGGUUUUGUGAGUGGUUUCUAUCUGUAUCUAAUUUCUCAUUCUUCAGGUUCAGUUUCAUAAUUUAAACAAGAUGCAGCUCAAAGUCCCUGAACAUCAGGUUGCAGGACACAUUGCUAAAGACGGGAAGCCUGGUCCUCUCGUAGAUGACAAGGGUCGGUUCUUCAAGCCACUUCAGGGCGAUUCUCGUGGUGAAAUCGAGGUAAAGUUCUACGAAUCUUUCUCCUCAAACACAGAGGUUCCAGAACACAUCCAUAGAUAUUUCCCGGUGUAUCACGGCACUCAAGCAGUUGAAGGUUCUGAUGGAGCAGCCAUGAUGGUGUUGGAAAAUCUUCUUGCAGAAUACACAAAACCAUCAGUAAUGGAUGUUAAGAUGGGUUCGAGAACAUGGUAUCCUGAUGCAUCUGAAGAAUACAUCCAAAAAUGUUUGAAGAAAGACACGGGUACCACAACCGUGUCAUCGGGUUUCAGGAUCUCUGGUUUCGAAGUGUAUGAUCACAAAGAAUCGAGUUUCUGGAAGCCCGAGAGGAAGCUUCUUCGCGGGCUCGAUGUAGAUGGAGCGAGAUUGACUCUGAGGAAGUUUGUAUCAUCUAACUCACUUUCGGACACUGGCUCGAAACCUGACUCUGCUUUUGCCUCGAGUGUUUACGGCGGUUCCCACGGGAUCUUAACGCAGUUGCUGGAACUCAAGACCUGGUUCGAGAACCAAACGCUCUACCAUUUCAACUCUUGUUCGAUUUUAAUGGUCUAUGAGAAUGAAUCCAUCUUAAAGGGAAAUGAUGAUGAUGCUAGACCACAAGUCAAGCUGGUGGAUUUUGCUCAUGUUCUUGAUGGUAAUGGUGUCAUUGACCAUAACUUCUUGGGUGGUCUUUGCUCUUUCAUAAACUUCAUUCGUGAGAUUCUUCAGAGCCCAGAUGAGUCUGCAGAUUCUUAGAUUUAAGUUAAUUUGUUUGUUAUGGCUUUGGCUGAUUCCAAUUUUUGGAUAUAAACUUAUGUUUCCUUCACAUAUGUACUUGAUUACCUAAAGAGCAGAAUACAUUCGUACUCUUUUCUCAAAGAGUAUUCCAUUUCUAGGCAUAUAAAAAAAUUCCAUAUUUGAACUUUACUUUGAAUGUGACUUGUACAGCUAAAAAAGUUUAGCGCCAAAAGAGGAAAUAAU